AUGGCCGAGGGCGAAGACCUGCAGACCUUCACCUCCAUCAUGGACGCGCUCGUCCGCAUCAGCACCAGCAUGAAGAACAUGGAGCGGGAGCUGAUCUGCCCCGUGUGCAAGGAGAUGUACAAGCAGCCGCUGGCACUGCCCUGCCUGCACAACGUGUGCCACGUGUGUGCCAGCGAGGUCCUGGUGCAGCACGGCUACCUCUGCUGCGACGCCGCCUCAGAGCCCUCCUCACCCGCCUCCACGCCCGCCACCCGCAGCCCCCGCCUGCCCCGCCGCGGCGUCCCCAAGCCCGACCGCCUCGACCGGCUCCUCAAGUCAGGCUUUGGCACCUACCCCGGGCGGAAGCGGGGCACCGUGCAUCCCCAGACCAUCAGCUUCCCCUGCCCGGCCUGCCAGCGGGAUGUGGACCUGGGCGAGCGCGGCCUAGGCAGCCUCUUUCGCAACCUGACGCUGGAGCGGAUUGUGGAGCGGUACCGCCAGACCAUCAAUAUUAGCGCUGCCAUCAUGUGCCAGUUCUGCAAGCCCCCACAGCUUGAGGCCACCAAGGGCUGCACUGAAUGCAAGUCCAGCUUCUGCAAUGAGUGCUUCAAGCUCUACCACCCCUGGGGGACCCAGAAGGCUCAGCAUGAGCCCACACCACCCACUCUCACCUUCCGCCCCAAGGGUCUGAUGUGCCCAGAGCACAAGGAGGAGGUGACUCACUAUUGCAAAACCUGUCAGCGCCUGGUGUGCCAGCUCUGCCGCGUGCGACGCACUCACACCAGCCACAAGAUCACCCCAGUGCUCAGCGCCUACCAGGCACUCAGGGAGAAGCUGACAAAGAGCAUUGCCUACAUCUUGAGCAGCCAGGACACAGUGCAAACACAGAUUGCUGAGCUGGAGGAGACAGUAAAGCACACAGAGGCAAAUGGGUCACAGGCCAAGGAGGAAGUAUCCCAGCUGAUCCAGGGCCUGUGCGCAAUGCUGGAGGAGAAGCGGGCGUCCCUGCUGCAGGCUAUUGAGGAGUGCCAGCAGGAACGGCUGGCCAGCCUCCAUUACCAGAUCCAAGAGCACCAGGCUAUGCUGGAAAACUCAGGCAUGGUGGGCUAUGCCCAGGAGGUGCUGAAGGAGACCGACCACCCCUGCUUCGUCCAGGCUGCCAAGCAGCUGCACAACAGGAUCCUCAGGGCCACGGACUCGCUGCAGAGCUUCCGACCUGCGGCCACGGCAUCCUUCAGCCACUUCCAGCUGGAUGUCAGUAGGGAACUAAAGCUACUCACAGACCUGGCCUUCAUCAAAGCGCCCGAGGCCCCUGUCAUCGACACACAGCGCACCUACGCCUACGACCAGAUCUUCCUGUGCUGGCGGCUGCCGCAGCACUCACCGCCUGCUUGGCACUACACGGUGGAGUACCGCAAGACAGACACCAAGGCCAAGGGGCUCAAGCUGUGGCAGCGGCGGGAGGAGGUGCGUGGCACCAGCACACUUGUGGAGUACCUGGACACCGACAGCGUCUAUGUGCUCAGAGUGAAGGGCUACAACAAGGCAGGGUUUGGGGAGUACAGUGAAGACAUUUACCUGCACACACCACCUGCCCCAGUCCUGAACUUCUUCCUUGACAACCGCUGGGGCUUUAACCGGGACCGGCUGGCCAUCAGCAAGGACCAGCGUGCCGUGCGCAGUGUCCCUGGUAUCCCCAUGCUCUUUGCUGCCGAGCGCCUCAUGACCAGUUGCCACCUUUCCAUCGACCUGGUCAUUGGUGACGUGGCCAUCACACAGGGCAAGAACUACUGGGCCUGCUGCGUGGAUCCCAGUUCCUACUUGGUCAAGGUGGGCGUAGGGCUGGAGAGCAAACUGCAGGAGUGGUUCCAGGUGCCACAGGAUGUCGUAAGCCCCAGGUAUGACCCUGACAGUGGCCACGACAGUGGAGCAGAAGACACAACGGUGGACGCACCCCCACCCUACGCUUUCCUGACUAUCGGCAUGGGCAAGAUCUUGCUCUCACAUGGGUCAGCGCUCACCUCUCGUGACCCCAACGGCUGCACAGUGCCCUUGCCCCCACGCAUCGGCAUCUGCCUGGACUACGAGCAGGGCAAGGUGAGCUUCUACGACGCCGUGUCCUUCCGUGGGCUCUGGGAAUGUGGCGUGGACUGCUCCGGGCCCGUGUGUCCUGCCUUCUGCUUCAUUGGAGGGGGUGCCCUGCAUCUCCAGGAGCUGGUGGCCAACAAGCAGGAGCGUAAAGUGACCAUCGGGGGCUUUGCCAAGCUGGACUGAGCUAUGCCUGUGCUCCCCGCAGAGUCUGCUGUGACCCCUUCCUAUCUGCCAAGUGAGCUCCAGGGCCUGAAGGGGUAACGGGGGGCACAGCUGAGCCAGGAGCAAAGCACGGUAGGGGCAGACCCAGCCCUGCUGAUGGCUUAGAGCUGGCCAAGUGUUUGUUUUGUGGGACAGGGUGGGAGGCUGCUUUACCGUCCCCUCCUCCGCCCAUCCAUUGCCCCUUCUCCCAGCUCUGCUUGAGGCUGCUCACACCUGGGACUACGGGCAGGACUGAGGGAGGACACGGUACAGGUCCUGGCAGAGAGUCAGUCCAUGGCUCAGCCCUAGAGAUGGAUCAGGGAGUGGGGCAUGAGUGGGUCAUGGGUC